AUGUCCACAUCUGAUGUUAAGACAGCGCCGACCGAGAGCCCGCCCUCUGACCUACACUCUGCUGCCCCAUCUGACCAAAGCACUAUGAUGGAGAAAUCUGAUACUGGACUCGAAGUUAAAGAUGCCGAAACGCCUAAAAACUGGUCUUCAGAAGAUCCCCCUCCUGAUGGGGGGUUACAGGCAUGGCUGAUGGUGCUUGGCGCAUGGUGUGCAUUGUUCUGCACUUUCGGGUGGAUCAACAGUGUUGGGGAGUUCCAAAGCUACUAUGAAACAGUUCUCCUCUCAAAGUACUCCGCGAGCACCAUUGCAUGGAUCCCAUCGCUUCAAAUCUUCUUUAUGUUUGCAAUGGGCCCUAUCGUUGGUCGGCUCUACGAUAAUUUCGGUCCUCGCUACGUCCUCAUCGGUGGCUCAUUCCUACACGUCUUCGGCCUCAUGAUGGCAUCCAUCUCAAAAGAAUACUAUCAAGUGCUCUUGUCCCAAGGGGUUUGCAGCGCUAUAGGGGUGUGUGCAAUCUUCCAACCGUCGAUGAAUUGUAUCCCCAGUUGGUUCAACAAAAAGCGUGGUGCAGCCUACGGAAUUGUCUCCACGGGGUCCAGUCUAGGCGGUGUGAUCUUCCCAAUUAUGGUCAGCCGCAUGAUCGCCGAGGUUGGAUAUGCAUGGGCCAUGCGAACUGCUGCAUUUCUCAUCCUUUUCCUGUUGGGCAUUGCUAUUCUAACGGUUCGGUCGCGAGUGCCGCCCAAGCCUCAGAACCUCGAUAAAGCGAGUCUGGUUCGGCCUUUCACUGAGAUCAAGAUGUUACUGAUUAUUGCGGGAUUCCUGUUUUUGACUUUUGGCAUUUUUAUUCCAAUCAACUACCUAGUCAUACAAGCCAUGGAUGCGGGCAUGAGCUAUGAUCUCGCCCAAUACCUGGUUCCUAUGCUGAAUGCAGCGAGUCUCUUCGGUCGUAUGGGUGCUGGUAUCGGCUCUGAUAAGCUGGGCGCCUACAAUAUUCUCGUCAGCGCUUGCAUGCUCGCCAGUAUACUAAUCCUUGCUCUCUGGAUACCUGCCACUGGUAACGCGGCCAUCAUCGUCUUUGCGACUCUCUUCGGCUUUGCAUCUGGUGCCUAUGUCUCCCUCGCAGCUGCGCUGGUGGUAAAGAUCUCACCCUUCCCGGAGAUUGGAUAUAGAACUGGCUUGUUAUUUUUGUUCUCGUCAUUCGGAGGCUUGACGACCAAUCCUAUUGCAGGAGCUAUUCUAUCUCGGGACGGUGGCUCAUAUACGGGUAUGAAGGUCUUUGCUGGAGUUUUCCUUCUAGCGGGUAGCUUUUUCAUCCUGGCUGCCCGCUUCUAUCACACUGGGCUGGUUUUAAGAGCCAAGUUUUGA